AUGAAAAAGGCCUCCAAGUAUUCGAGUUAUGAUGGGCUUGAAAAGUCAUUAAGAAGACGAGGAGGCAAAGUAAAAACUAUUUAUGAAAAAUACAAGGAUAUAGAAUUUCAAAAUAUAAUAGAUGAGAAAAUAAAAUAUGUGUGGAAUUACAUUAACAAUAUUGAUGAUAUUAUAAGUGACGAGGAAUUUUUAAAAGAGGAAAUAAAACAAAAAUUAGAAAAAAAACAGAGUUUAAAAAAAAAUGAUGAUUUUGAUGAAAUCAUAUAUUAUAAUAAAAAUUUAAAAAAUUUAAUUAACAUACAAAAGAUAAGAAAAGCAUUAUAUCAUUUUAAUAUUAAAGUUGAUAUGGAAGAUAUUAUGCAUAUGUUCUUAUAUUUUACAAAUCAAGAUUAUUUCUUAAAAUAUAUACAAAAUAAUAUUUAUUCAAAAAAUUAUGUAGAAAGAAAAAUCGACAAAUAUAAAUUCACCUCUAUAAAUAUUAACAACUUAUACAUCAAUUAUGAAAUGUUCAAAUUCAUUUUUUUAAAUAUAGAUAUGAAUAUUGAACAAAAUGGACAAAUAUGGUAG